CCCACCGCCUCCAUUUAAGACGGGCAGAGUGGCGCGAGCGGCAGUUACUGUGGCUUCGGUCUUAGUUUGGGUUGUUCCUCGUGGGAGUUGAAAUUCACGGACAGAGUUCCCUGUGUCCAAAUCCAGCUGUCGGUGGCUGCCGGUGCGGAGCUCAGCAGCGCAGCAUCCCUUGUUCGGACCAGGAUCGGCUCCUUGUUUUACCUUCGCCACUUGGUGCUCAUAUCUAGGUCGCUGCGGCGCGGCCGAAGAGAAGGCCGCCUGCGAGAUGUUCAAAAACACGUUCCAGAGCGGCUUCCUCUCCAUCCUCUAUAGCAUCGGCAGCAAGCCCCUGCAGAUCUGGGACAAAAAGGUGCGGAAUGGCCACAUCAAAAGAAUCACUGAUAAUGACAUCCAGUCCCUGGUGCUAGAGAUCGAAGGAACGAACGUCAGCACCACAUACAUCACAUGUCCUGCAGACCCAAAGAAAACACUGGGGAUUAAGCUUCCCUUCCUUGUCAUGAUUAUCAAAAACCUGAAGAAAUAUUUUACCUUUGAAGUACAGGUACUAGACGACAAGAAUGUGCGUCGGCGGUUUCGGGCAAGUAACUACCAGAGCACCACGCGGGUCAAACCCUUCAUCUGUACCAUGCCCAUGCGGCUGGACGACGGCUGGAACCAGAUUCAGUUCAACCUGUCGGACUUCACUCGGCGAGCAUAUGGCACCAAUUACAUUGAGACUCUAAGAGUGCAGAUCCAUGCCAACUGUCGCAUCCGACGGGUUUACUUCUCGGACAGACUCUACUCAGAAGACGAGCUGCCCGCAGAGUUCAAACUCUAUCUCCCAGUUCAGAACAAGGCAAAGCAAUAACUGGAAUGCAACUCAAGGGAUAGACCCUGGUCCUGACGCUCAGUUUAAAAAGGAAACUACCUGGAGGACAAUGCAAAAAACAAAUAUUUGUAUUAGUUCACUAUGCUGUGUUCUUUUAUCUACUACUUGGUGUCCCCUGUCGCGGACACCAGUGACCAUGCCGUAAUGCCAUAAUUGCAUCGUAAGUACAGUGGAGGAUAAGCCGCGCUUUGGUAUGUGACGGCUGGAGUUGACCCUGCUGCCGGUUCCAGUGUGUAGGGAGAUCCACUUACCAUGAACUUAGAGAAUUAAAGAUGCCCCGUAAGGCAAUUUCAGACCAAUAUUUCUUCCUACAGUUUGUUCUUUGUUUUAUACCUUAUCUAAAUAUAUGUACAUGCUGUGUAAUACUCAUAAUCUGGAAAUGAAUAAAAUGUUAUAUUCUUGGUUUGUA